AUGAAGGUUGUGAGCCUCACUGGAACCAUUGUGCUUCUCUGCACCUCCACUGCAACUGUUCAAUCCAUGGCCAUUGGAACUCAUGAUUCAAUGGCAACUUGUUACCAAAGAUUUUCAAAAGAAACACAGUCUUUAGAAGAUGAAGCAAUGGUUAUUCCUUCCAGCCAUGACUAUGAGGAAGCAGGAGAUAGUCAGUCUGGUGGUGGUAGUAAUAAGAGCUCAUGUUGUGGCUGCACCAUAAUGUAA